AUGGAGAGCGCGACAGCCUCCCCCGAACCCGAGUCGUCGCGUCGUCGAUCUGGACGCGUCGUGCGAGCCCCCGAAAAGUUUAGCCCAGAGCCAGUCACCGCGCCCAAGCGCAAAAGGCACGAUGAUGACGAUGAAGGAAACGAAGACGAUGACGUUCUGUCGGAUGCUACGAUGAGCGAUGCUGCCGACAGUGACGACGAACGCCCCCGCGCCAGACCCAAGAAGCGAUCAGGCGCAUCGCAAGGGAGCCGCGUAAAGAAGCCUGCGAUCAAGAAACCAAAGACCAACGGCGUAGCCCCGUCUGGUCAUUCCGCAAGUCUUCCAUCGAGGCCGAAGAAAUCCGUCAGAAUCGCCACCGCCGACAAGCAAGGUGAGGGUCUAUAUGCCGAUGUUUUCGGUUCGGGACUGCCCUCGGACGAGGUUGCGGAUAAGUGGCAGACCAGAUAUCAAGUCAAUGAUGCCCUUGCUGUUGUAGAGCUCGUCAACCUUGUGCUGCAGUGCUCUGGUUGCGACCUAGAGGAGCAAGUGACUGAGUAUCCCCUCAUUUCCAGGGCGAAGAACACCAAGGCUUUCCGUGACCUCCUCACUGGAUUUUUCAGGGGCGUUGUGCGCAGCGUUCACGAGACAGAUGUCCUGUACAACGACGCCACCUUGAUGGAGAACCUCGUCCGCUGGAUAGCAUCCAUGUCGACCUCGUCACUUCGCCCUUUCCGUCACACCGCGACAACUGUUAUUCUCUCCCUAGUCUACGGCCUUAUCGAUGUCGCAAACACACUCGACUCACGAAUCACUGCAAUCGAGCAGCAAGUAGCGCAAGCCAAGAGGGGAAAGAAUAAGGCGAAGCUGGCAGAAAUGCAACGCACUCUCGACGAGGCCAACGACAACAGAGAGUUGUGUGGCAACCACAUCAAGGACUUUUUCGACACUACAUUCAUUCACAGAUACCGAGAUAUUGACCCGCGUAUCAGGACGGAAUGUGUCGAAUCCUUGGGAUCCUGGAUCAUUGGUCUUUCUACAGUUUUCAUGCAGCCAGAGUACCUCCGUUACCUCGGCUGGAUGCUAUCAGAUACUGUCGCCUCUACCCGACAAGAAGUUCUAAGGCAAUUGGCACGCAUCUUUAGACGUGACGUUCAACAACUGGGCCACUUCAUUGACCGGUUUCGGCCUCGUCUCAUCGAGAUCUCAACCAAAGACGCCGAGGUUUCCGUGCGCGUUGCUGCGAUCUCUGUCAUAAACGUACUACGGGAUACCGGAAUGCUUGAACCAGAUGAGGUUGACUCCAUCGGUAAACUCAUCUUCGAUAGCGACAUAAGGAUCAGAAAAGCGGUUGUCAACUUUUUCAUCUCCUGCGUCGAAGAUUCUAUUGACGGAAAGAUGGAAGAGCUCGGUGGGCAGGAAGCCCUCGAAGAGACACUCGGCGAAAUCGAGGAGGACGAUUACGACUCGCCUCGCAGUAUGUGGGUCAAUAUCAAAUGCCUAGCGGAGAACCUCGCGGCCUUUGAUGCGCAAGUCGAGGGCGAGCAGCACGACAAUGGCUCAGGUCUUGCUAUUGCCGCAGAUGUCACACAGGCCAACGUUCCGGACACGCGCAUUUCACUUGCCUCCCAGGCCCUUUUCGAAAAAGUGCAGUAUGUAAAGCAGUGGGAGCUCCUGGCAGGAUACCUGCUGUACGACCACACAGUCAGUUCAAAGUCUAAAUCCAAGUCACAUGGUGCCUCAACCGAGACUGCCUUUAAGAAGGCGGUUGGGCCACAGGGCACCGAGGAAGCCAUCCUGCUCGAGGUUCUGGCAUCCGCAGUUAAGAUGUCGAUGCUGCAAGCAGCCGAGAUUGAGAAGAAUAAAAAGAAGAGUGGACGCCCAGAGGUAACUGAGGCGCAAGAGGAGACCGCUUUGGAAUUAGCGACAGCUAUUCCUCAACUCCUCAACAAAUUUGGUGCUGACCCAUCCACCGCUACGAUCGUUCUCAGGAUGGAGCAUUUUCUCGACCUCGAGGUUUUCCAAACUUUACGGCAAGACUCGACCAAGUACGAAAAGUUGCUGGAUGAGCUCAGCACUCAAUUCAACAGGCAUGAUGACAAGAGAGUUGUUGCCGAGGCCGCCGCAGCUCUCCUCCACUCUCGCCAGUAUGAUGAGCUUGAGGAGUUGACUGAUGGAAAGCUUGCGGUUCUGUGGGAGAACGUCAUCAACACCCUGCGCAGCUUCGACAAGACCUGCGAGCUCUCUAUGCGUGGCAAUCUGGCCGAGGAGCACCUCAAGGCGCUUUCCAGCGUGCUAAUGAAGAUUAGUGAGCUUGCUCGCAUAUCCGACUGUGUAGAAGUCUUGGAAACGGAGGGACGCGCAGCCGACUCAAUGUCAUCUACGAUCGAGCUACUCGUUAACAUUGUUGGUCGAGGUACAUUUGAUCCACAGACCGAAGACAUCGAUGACUUGGAGGAUGAGGUCGUCUCAUUUGCAAUCAAGGGUCUUCAGUUCUACUUCAUGUGGAAGGUGCGGAACUUCCAGAAGCUUAUUCAAAGCGAGACCGAAGUACCCGACACUGUGGUUGAUCAUGUUUCCGUUUUGCGUAAGAGGUAUGACGUCGGCCUGAUCAAGACUUUGUCGUCUCGAGCUAUCAUCGACGAUAUCCGUAUGUUUGCCACUGGUGCUCUAUGCGAUAUCCACGUGCUCUUCGGCUCUUUGCGAAACUGGACCGAAGAUUCUCGCGGAAAUGCAAACUACAAGAAACUAGCGAGGCUGGCACACGAGCUUGAGCCCAAGCUUCUGCCCGAGCUCAUUGCAAUCUACGAUGGCGUUGAAAAGGUUUAUGCCAAACGGACAAAGAAGAUCCUCAACGAGCCAGCCGAAGAUGAGGAACCAAUGGACGACGACGACUCUGACGAGGAGGAGGACGAAGACGAAGGCUUGACUCAAGAAGAGAAGCUGGCACUUGAGCUCAAGUCUGAGAAGGCUCUUUGUGAAUUGGCGGCCAAAUAUGUCCUCGCUAUCGCCCAGAAGGUCCUUGAUCAGACAGGCCCAUACGCGGGCAAGCUUCACAAGCGACUUCUUCGAAACCAGAGCAGGCUUGGCAAGAACUUCAGUGAGGUAGUCGCCUACCUUGACCCCAAAAAGGUCCGAGAUCACCUGUACGGCAAGAAGCUUCAGAGGUCCAAGGCGACGACGACCAAGUCCACUGCCGCAAAGCCCGCCCGUAGCGAGGAGAUUGUCGUUGACGAUGAGGAUGAAGAGGAAGAGGAAGAAGAAGCAGUUGAAGAGCAUGAGCCGGAAGAGGGCUCUAAAGAAGAUCUGCGACGGCGGGAGCUACUCGAGGAGGAGGAGGAGGAAGAGGAGGAAGAGAAGCCUGACAUGGAGGAGCCUCCUGCUACUAAUGAUGACGACGAUAUACUGGGCGACUGA